AUGGCGCCUCGGGCACGGGGGUCUCGCAAAGCUGCUCGCGGACCCAAAACCCCAGAGCCCUUUGCAACCACCGACAUUCGGCCCCCUUCUCCUCCGCGACCGCGAUUUCGACUUAGACGGCGGGCUCCCUCGUCCAAUCUCAAGGCUCCCACUCAGCAAUUCCUCGCGUCCGUCGCGACAGCAGACGUCCCCAUUCCAAGCAUUGAAGAGCCUCGUUUGGUCGACGAAGACAUGGUGGAUACGCUCAGCACCAAUUUCCCUCGAUACAGCCCUCACCACUUUGAAUUUUCCGACGAAGGCGACCUGCCUCGCGGAAGGCCCUCUUCGCUUCCCAAGACUCCCGCGCCUCACGCGGUUCCGUCGCUGUCACCAAAGCGAUUCCCUGACUGGUCUCUCGACCAGGCCUACAGCAGCCUUGAGUCGAGCCCGGAAUGCGACAGCCGGCCGUCGACGGCGCAGUCGACGCAGACGAGCAGCUCGCUCUUCAGCCGGUACUCGCUCAAUUCGGACAGCUUCAGCCAGUAUAGCAUUGAUCCCGACGACAUUGACCAAUUCGAUGGCGACGUGUCAAUUGAAGACGCGAACAAGACCAUCAAGCCCAUCCGCGCCGCUCCCGCAGCAGCCCCAAAGCGGCGCUCGCGCAAGGCACCCUGGACCAGAUCAAUGACCCAGCAUCUGUGGUCCGUAUACAUGACCUACUUGCAAGAUCCCCACGUCACCCCGUUUCACAUCAGCAAGAGCGGGAUUCCUCCUGAUGGCGUGUGUAUGCGCGUCGCCCGAGAAGCCAAGCGCAGCUGGAAAGGCCCCAAGUCGCAGCAGAUGAAGAAGGCCGCCGCCGAGCACAGCGGAAGCGCGACACCCACCAAGGCCACGGCGCCGGCAACGUCUUACCUGCAGUGGCCACACAGCUGCGCGGCUACUCGCGCCCAUCUGCGAGAGCUCUGCAAAGCUAGUGCGACCAGCGCUGCACGCAAUCAUCAUUACAUGGGGGCCCGUAACCCGACGCCGUUUGGCAGGACCGCCAAUCGCGCCUGGAGCCGCCGCCUGGCGCCGCCGUCCCGCUCGCAGUCGGCCUUCUCUGGCAACGACAUGGCCCUGUCCCUGGCAGUCAGCACGUGUGAAUCGAUGCAGCCUCAGGGGCCGCUGGCGCAGCUGACGGCAUCGCGAGAUCAGCAGCCGCCGCCUCUCGGCUUCUGCGCGCCGCCGGCCUUGAUCGAGGCGGCGGCCGUCCCUGCGUUGGCCUCGGGAGCUGCCGGUGCGGACAUUACCCGGCUGGGCUCGCCCUUCGUGGCUCGGAGCUACGGUCCCAGCUCUUCCAGCUCGCUUGCAGACAGCUUCGGCAUGAACCUGGAGCCACAGCGGCUUAGCAAUUCUGUGGGGACUCGCCGGCGUAGCUUGGGAUCGCCGGCCAUUAUCAGCAGCAGCAGCAGCAGCGGCGGCAGCAAUGGCAGCAACAACUAUAACGCCAGCUUCAACACCAGCUUCAACAACAACAACAACAACAACAACAACAACAACAACAACAACAACAACAACAGUAGCAGCAGCGAAUACAGCAGCAACAGCCGCGGUAGCGGCAACAACCAAAAGCGCAGGUCCAAGCAGCUCUCCGCCGCCAUCGAGCCCAGGAGGAAGCGUCCCAGUCUGGGCUCCGACUUUUGGGUUGAUCCAUCCAACAACGGGGCUGUCUCAACGCAAGCCACGCCAUCCGCCGAGUUCAGCUCCACCACGGCGACCCAGCGAGAUGCCCUCUUCAUCCCCCGGGCCAAUCUACAGGAGCUCUUUGAGGCUUCUCAUCCCGCGGCCUCGGCCUCGUCUCCACCUUCCUCUUCGUCUCCUCCCACUCUCGGCCCCGGCACCGACAAACGCAUCAUCGCCGCCUCAUCCUCUCUGCUAGCCCCUCCGCCUCUCGCUGACCAGCCCGCCAGACUUGGCUCUCCUUUCUCCGCCGCGAAGACGAGCUUCUCCUUCCCGGGCCGGCGGUCCAACAGUAUUUCCGCCAUCGACUUUAGCAUCAUCCGUAGGCCGUUUGCCACUGUCCAGCCUGUCCAACAACAGCAGCAGCAGCAACAGCCCCAGCCCGCAGAAUCCGAGACGACACCAACCAGGUCGUCUCUGCGGAGUCGUCUUGCUUAUAUCGACGAGCGGAUCAAAGACUUUCGCCGCCGCGACCAGACUCGUCGGCGAUCUCAGUCACCACCUUUUUAA